CCCGACCUUCCAGCCUCAUAAAGCAGUUUCACUUGUUUUUGAGCGGUUGACGCAUAGUGUAUGUGACGUCCUUGUCGGGCAUGGCGUUUUAUACACAGCAGCAUUUACACAGGAAGUCCCUGUAAAGAGCUGGCUGCUGGCUGCCCUUCCCCAGCUCCCGAAUGCCCUCCAGGCCGGGUGGAGAAGAGAGCAGACACUGCUGGUCAUGCUGCACUCACACUCUGAUGGCUGUUCCAUGAGGUCAAGACUGGGUCUCCUCCCUUCUCCCGCUUUACCAAUGCCUGGUCUCAUGGGGUUAGUUUUGAGUUUAACACUAUGGCAUCACCCACCUCCUUCCCAGCUUCUGGCUCCAGGUCUAAGAAGCCUUUGGGCAAGAUGGCUGGCUGGCUCAGGCAGGCCCUGUCCAAGAAGCCCAAGGAGAUGCCUGUGUCGCAGGAAAUCUCCCCCAGUGACGCUCCACCACGAUGUCCACAGGAGGACACCCCUUCCCCGGGUCUCAGCUCUACUGCAUCGGCUGCAUCCGCCCUGCCUCCCGCCCCGCCACAGGCACAGGAGGGCGCCUCCAGCAGCCGGGGCGCCUCCAGCAGCCGGGGCGCCUCCAGCAGCAGCAGUGGUGGCCGCUGGAGCAGGGACUACGACGUGUGUGUGUGCCACAGCGAGGAGGACCUGGCGGCUGUGCAGGAGUUGGUCGCCUACCUGGAGGACAGCUCUGCCAGCCUGCGCUGCUUCAUGCAGCUACGAGACGCGGCCCCCGGCAGCGCCAUCGUGUCCGAGCUGUGCCGGGCGCUGGACAGCAGCCACUGCCGUGUGCUGUUCAUCACGCCCGGCUUCCUGCGUGACCCGUGGUGCCGGUACCAGAUGCUGCAGGCCCUGAGCCAGGCCCCAGGUGCCGAGGGCUGCACCAUCCCGCUGCUCACCGGCCUGGCCAGGGCCGCCUACCCGCCCGAGCUCCGCUUCAUGUACUACGUGGACGGCCGGGGCCCCGAGCGAGGCUUCCCGCAGGUCAAGGAGGCCGUCCUGCGCUACCUGAAGACCAUCAGCUGACACUUCUCUUAUCACCAUGGGACCCAGAAAGCUGGCACAAAGCUGGAAAUUAAGUUAGAGAGCCCAAGGCCUUGGAUCCAGCCAGUGUGACAAGGCCUGAGGAGCCAGAGUUGGUAGCACUUUGUCUGUGACCUGGGAUCAGAUUGCCCAGCAGGCUUCCAUUGUUGUGGGCUCCCCAGGAAGGCCCUGGGGAUGCUGGGGACUCCCCUGGAAGGCCCUUGCAAAGUUGGGACUCUCCCAGGAAGGCCAUGAGGAAGCUGGGGACUCCCCAGGAAGGCCAUGGGGAAGCCAGAAACGAGGUGGUAGGAGGUACUGAUGCCAAGAUGACCACCCAGUGUUCUGCCUCCUCCAUAUUAGACAUGAGUCUGGCACAUCCCUGUGUCGUCCUCCCCUGGGAUCAGGCCCUGGUGUAGAGAUGCAUUCCUCCUGAACGGGUCACUCACCUGGUGAAUCAGCCAGAAGCCUAGAGUGCAUGUCUCAGCAUGGAUGGUUCCUCCAGUUGCCUGGGAAAGCCUGGAACAGAUGUCAGGAGAAAGCCACAGGUGUCAGGCCUUUCACACUCACUGCUGCCGUUCUGUUCCCUUUCAUUCACUUCAGAAAGCUACAUGGAAAAUUCACUCGGCACUGUACUGUAUUUAGUUUUACUGCUUGCAUGUCUAAAGACUCAAACCUAGAAACCAUUCUGAAGACGGGAGGGGACAGGGAGCAGGUGGGGUGCAGAGAAGGGAAGUUCAGACCUUUUAUGUGGGAUGGAGAGCCCACCCACCAAUUGCUGGACAUAGGGGGGCCUCAUCAGGAGUCUGGCGAGAGCUCAUGCUGUGCAGCAGCUCCUCCCCCUCUGCACCGAGAGAAACCGGCCUUUUUCUUCUGGCAGACGACUGUGUACCUCGUAGGAAGGCAAGGUUCAUUCAUCUGUUCUCAGUACAAGUUUGCUGUUGAACCGAAAUGCGUUUCUUGUUCCCUCAACGUGUACUUUUGAGAUUCUUUUCUCACUUCCUCCUUUUACCGAACAAUAUUUAUACAUAUAUAUAUAUUUUUGUAAUUGAGAUAUACUUGGCAUAUAACAUUAGUUUCAGGUGUAUGAGCCACUAUGUGUAUAUAUUGUGAAAACAUUUUGUAUUUUUAACUACAAAUUAUUUUAUUACAUACAAAAGGACUAAAGCUUACUAUAAUGUACACUCACGUACCUUCCACCCAGCUUAGGAAGCAAAACAUUACAAUCUCUAGGGUGCUCCCUUCUCUCACCAACAGUAACCACUAGCCUGAAUUUUGAAUUUAUCAUUCUUAGCCUUUGUCUAGAAACUUAUUACAUAAGUAUGCAUCCCUGACAACACAUUUACUUUUACAUGGUUUUAGUUUGCAUAAAAAGCAUUGUGUUGUAUUCUGCAAAUCCCUUUAGUUUAUCAUGUUUGUAAGAUCUACCCACGCUGAGGCAUUAACUGCAGUCAAUUCACGUUCAAUCCAUUAUGUAAACACACCACUCUUUAGCCACGCAUUCUUUUACAAGUGGAUAUUUGGUGGUUUCUAGUGUUUUUGCUACUAAAAGCAAUGAGCCCAUGAACAUUUUUGUACAUGUUUCCAUGAGCAAGGUUUUCCAGGAUUCUGCCUAGAUUGGGCACAGCUGGGUAGUGAAGAGUACACAUAUUUAGUUUGAGUAGAAGGCACCAAAUUUCCUUCCAAAUUAGUUGUGGCAAUUUAAGUUCCUACCAUUUGUGUGUAAGCGUUCCCACUGUUUGAUGCCCUUGCUAACACUUAAAACUAUCAGAUUUCAAAAUGUUUGCUAAUCUGGUGGGUGAAAACUGGUAUUGUAUUAUCAUAAUAUUCUUAUUUUCCUGUUAACCUUUUCUAUGAAAAUUUGAUGAAUCUCCAGGUGCCCAACACCCAGCUUCAACAAUUACCAACUCAGAGCUAAGUUAUACCAACAACACUCUACUUGUUCCCUCAACCCUCAAAUCUUCUGAAGCAAAUCCUAUUUUAUUCCUCCAUAUUUAGGUAUGUAUCUCUAAAUUAGUAGAAGUUUGUGUUUUUUUUAAUCCUACCUGAGGAUAUUUUUUCUAUUGCUUUUCA